UGAUGUCACAAGUGCUGUUACGCGUACUGAUAAUUGCCUUCACGCGGCUUUACUGUUUUUUUUUGUGCGCAUGUGCCCCAGAAUGAGAAUGUUGAGCAAAACAGACUAGAAAAAAAGCACUGGCAUUAUUUAUUGAAAGUUGCUAGCUAAUUCUCUCACCUCGCAUUAUUAGCUAGCUAACAUUUUAAAAUCAAAAUUGUAAAACAUGACGGAGCCUCAGGCAGCACUGUUACUCAGGAGACAGCUGGCAGAGCUGAAUAAGAACCCAGUGGAAGGAUUCUCAGCAGGCUUGAUAGACGAUAAUGACCUCUACAGAUGGGAAGUCUUAAUCAUCGGCCCACCAGACACAUGCUAUGAAGGCGGUGUGUUUAAAGCACAUCUCACGUUUCCCAAAGACUACCCUCUCAGGCCACCUAAAAUGAAAUUUAUCACAGAUUUAUGGCACCCUAAUGUUGACAAGAACGGUGACGUAUGUAUAUCUAUUUUGCACGAGCCUGGUGAAGAUAAGUACGGCUAUGAGAAGCCUGAGGAGCGCUGGCUGCCCAUCCACACAGUGGAAACCAUUAUGAUUAGUGUUAUUUCCAUGUUGGCGGACCCUAACGGAGACUCGCCUGCCAAUGUUGACGCUGCAAAAGAGUGGAGGGAAGACCGACAUGGGGAAUUCAAAAGGAAAGUGGCCCGUUGUGUAAGAAAGAGCCAAGAGACUGCCUUUGAGUGAUUUAUUUAUCAAGCGGCUUCUUGCUUCACUUUUUCAGGGUCUCCAAUUGAGAAACAACAUAGCAAUGUUUUCCUGCACUCUACCACCCUAUUGCAUGGCUGGUCUUCAUUGACUGUCAGAAACCGUCUGGCAACAAUAGGCUGCAAUAGAACAUAACAGCUGUUACCAGAUCCUGACUGAAAACCGCCAAGCAAGUGCCAACUCAAAAACAACAACAAAGCAAAAGAUGAAUAAGUCUAUCUUUUUUAAGUCUAUGAACUGCUUUUCAGGAAGAUAUUGUAAAGACCUGUAUAUAGCACAGACAUAAAACUGGAUAAUAUAUCAAUUGUCCCUAUCCCAUCCAGCAAGACACUUAGUACCAAAUAAAUAGCGUUUCUGUAGGUAGAAUCUGAAUCCUAUAGAUUCGUAUGUUUUUAUUCCCCUUCCCCCUUCUUCAACAUCUGCUCUAGUGUGCAUGAGUUCAGUUCUGUUACAGGUUGCUUUGACGGACAGGAGGCCUUGUAGGGAGCAGAAUGGUAAGAAUGCAAUGCUAUUGUAGAAUCCCUCUAUUGGAGGAGAGCUGCUUUGGUUCUAGAAUGACCGAAAUAUCAGGCCGAAUUUGCAUUUAUGGCAGAUGGACAUAAGGGUGCAUUACACAUGCUGUAGCUUGCGUGUCAUGUUGGGUUCAUUCACCUCAGCACUUCAGGAAAAGUUGCUGUAAGUCACUAUUUAACAUAUGAAUAAGGUUAUAAAUGCAAGUUUUUAUUUUGGAUUUUAACACCAUGCAGUGCUCCCCCUACCAUGAUCCAAUUUGUCAAGUUCAGGUGUGUUUCUCCGGAGAAUGACAUAACCAUUACAAGUCAUGCAUGCACAAAUUGAAGUCAUAGGUAAGUUUUUAAUUAGUAUUUUUUUCCAAAAGUGCCUCCUAUUAAAUUGCUUGGCAAUUGCCCCCUGUACAAAUAUGAGAAAUUGCUUAACACCCUGUUAGUUUGCACAACGUGUCAGUUAUUCUAUAACAUCAGGACAAUGUGUAAUUCAAAUAUUGGUUAAAAUUUGGUUUAGCAAUAACUUUCCCCUCUGUGUGGUGUACCAUCUUAUUAAAAAAAAAAUAGAUAUUCGGGUGAUGUGGAGACCUAUUUCUCCUGUAUUCACCUUGAUAAAGGAGAUGAAUUGUGUAGUGUCCUAGGUAGGAUUUGUUAUGCAUGCUUUUAACUUUAGGUUUUCUUGCUGGUAGUAUUGGGGUUUUGAUUUAAAAUGUGUGAAAGAGUGUGUGUGUGCCGUGCCCUUUUUUCUUUACUCUCUAUUCCCCUGAUCCUCGUUUUUUUUUUUUUUUUUACCCUGGUUUAUUAUUUGAUUCUGUCUCUGAUGGACUAUUGCAGUUUACUUGCCUAAUGUACAAAGACAAAAUACUGAUGUAUAUUUUCUGUGUUAUGUAGUGAGUUCUUCUAAAAUAAGAUUUUUUUUCCCCAAUA